UUAUCUACUUUAGGGAAGGUGAUAACGCACUUACCUGAGUUCGAAGUAUAUCAUUUGGGUGUUGAACUAAAGAACAUAAUCUUUUUAACGCAGUGCCUUUUUUUUCUUGAAAGGAAAAAAAAUGGCGCAGCUGCUUUGGAUAUUCGUUUUUGCAUCUUUUCUACAAAGCGCUUUAUUUCAAAAUGUUGCCCUACCCAAACAGCGAGAAACCGUUCCCUUGAAAGCUCCUACUUAUGUCGACAUGAGGAGAUUUCGUUCUGAACUUCUGUAUCCUCAUUCUAGAGAAUUUUUAGUCGACACCAUCAACAGAGGUCAAGCCAUUCGGGACACCCCACUUCCGUUCCGUCUUCCGUUCUUUGGUUUCGACUUCAGGUACAUUUGGAUACACAGAGAUGGGUACCUUCUUUUCAACAAAGGUCUCCUGUCGUACGACUACCCCAUCAAGUUCCCCACCCCUUACAUCCGGGAUCCGACGAGGGAAGAGGACCCUUCCAUGAUAGCCCCCUGGUUCAGUUACCAGGACAUUCCAAACUCCAUUGACAAUGCUGGGGUGUAUUCUCAGAUGGUCAUCAUGGCCAAAGAAUCGAACGAUUCGCUGAGGGAGAGGAUUCGAAUGGAUUUCAGAGAUGGCAUGAUUGGAGCUGCAGAUUUUGAGCCGACCUACGCCAUGAUUGUGACUUGGAGGAACCUCACGCACGCCAAUGCCUACCCCGGAAGCACACUGAAGACCAACUCCUACCAAGUGGUGAUCGCAACAGACGAGAAGAGGACUUACGCCAUGUUCAACUACGACACCAUCGGUUGGAUUUCCGACAAAGACAAUUACGACGGACAGAAAGGUAUUCCCCCAUUCAUAGGAUUCAACGCCGGUAAUCGAACCAGAGCUUACGAGUUCGAACCCUAUUCUCAACAGCCAAGAGUGAGUCGUCUGCCUUCUCUCGGAUUCGGUAAUGGCCUCAGGGGAAGAUUCUUCUUCCAGAUAGAUGAAGAGAUCUGGCCAGGAUGCUGCAUCGAGAGAUACCUUGAUAUUAAUUGGCCUACAAGACCGAAGCUGACCUUCUUUCCUCGUUACGGAAGCAUGCUGGGUGGUACGAUGGUUAAUCUGACCGGACCUUGUUUCUUCGAUCCGAGAAGCAUUAUUCGCUGCAAAUUCGACACACUGGAAACUGAUGGCAUCUACAGAGAUGAGAAUCACGUGAGCUGCAUAUCUCCUCCCGUCAUGUACCACGGAUAUGUCGAUCUCUCAGUCUCCAUCGACAACGGACCUUUUCUCUUCUAUGGUAAAUACUAUAUUCAACCUCCCGAUAUGGUGGAAGCUAACGUCAACGUUCUAGAAGGCAGCGACAAACUGGAAGCACCACUAAGGUUCACUCUGCAAUGGAAGCAUGAAAAAUUAACAUGGGAUAGAAGGCAUCCGGUGACCAUAGCGCUCUGGGGCUACCGUGAGAGUAGCGAACAUUAUCCUAAACUUACAUACAUCGACGUUCUGACCGAUGAUACUGUUCUAGCCGGAGACGGACAAUACAACCUGGACUUGGAAACGUUUAAAAAUCGAUGGAACUGGGAUAAGCUGGACAUUACUUUUGGAUUCAUCGCCAUCAACAUCACGGAUGCCGAAGUGGUCGGUAGUGGUGCCAGAUAUUCUCCGGUUUUGUGGUCAGGUCCCUUACCCCUCGGAUGGUACUUCAGACAUCAAUGGUAUCGAAAAUACGGAAAAACUUGGAAGGCUGAUAUUUGCAAGGACUGGUACAUGAGAGAAAAAUACAGUGAUCGCUUCGCUAUCACUCUGUUCAGAUGCCCCUGUACUUUAGAGCAAGCCAAAUUGGACGCUGGCAGGUUUGCACCCGAUCUCCAAUGUAACGAAAUCGAUCGUAAAUGUGAAACAUUUCACAAAGCGGCUUACCAUUGCGUGAGAUCUGGAAGACCAGCAGUCGGAGGGGCUGGACAGCUUUGCUGUUACGACGAUCAUGGUGAACUCAUAAGGACCGGUGACACGAUGUACGGAGGUAGGCCAGCAAGAGCAUUCCAAUUCGGUAAGCACCCAUUCAAACAACGUAUGAUGAUUCCUUCCUUGUCCUAUUGGUUGCACGACGUCACUCCUUAUUUCUUCUGCUGUAAGUGGGCGGAAGGCGAAGACGAUGCUGAAACGUGCGAUAUGUUUAAAUACUGGAGAACUUCUCAGGACUGCUCACUUUACCAGACACCAGGGGUCGCAUCGGUGUACGGAGACCCUCACUUUCUGACUUUUGAUAAACACAACUAUACAUUCAACGGAAAAGGAGAAUUCGUUCUGACUCGGGUCAAUCACAGGUUGCACAAAUUAGACGUUCAGGGAAGGUUCGAGCAACCCGAUCCGAAAUAUCAUUUCAGCCCCAAAAUUAACGGCACGCGAUUGAUGGCUGUGACAGCGAGGGACAACGUCUCUUCGAUUGUCGAGUUCCGAGUGCGACCUGCUCCAGCAAGGUGGCAAUACCACAUGUACAUCAUAGUGGACAACGAAUACGUCUACUUCUGGGACAACAGUCUUCGGGUGCAGUUCUUCAAAGGUGUGACACUCUUUCAGCCGGCAAACGUCUACAACAUGUCGCACAUCGUGGCCAUGUUCGAUUCAGGAGCAGGUGUGGAGGUGAUGGUGGAAAAUGGUCACAUGGCCGUGCACGUUUAUCUACCAGUGAGCUUCAUAAACAAGACGAGAGGACUGCUCGGAAAUUGGUCCAGAAAUAAAGAUGAUGAAUUUACCGCUCCGGAUGGAAUAGUUUACAUAACGCCGGAUGCGAGAACGUACGAUGUGCAUCACAGAUUCGGCAUGGAAUAUCGUGUGACUGAGGUAGGCAACGAGAGAGUGGGUCGUUCCUUGUUCUAUCACAAUGCCAUUCCAUUUGCGCAGUAUGACAAUGCCACUUUUGUACCGGAAUAUGAAACACCGCCACCCAUUCCCAAGAACUUCAGCUAUCAGGAUCAUGUCAUAGAGAACAUAUGUGCGGGUUCCACUUCCUGCCGUUUCGAUUUCAUUGUGACGGGUGACUUUGACUUCGCCAAGGCAACCAAAAACCACGAAAACUACGCCGAAAAGUUGGCUUCGGAUGUGAGAAAGCAGACCAUCCGUUGCCCGGAGUUGAUGAAGCCGAGGCACGGACGGAAGAGUGAGAUCCGUUACUUUGUUGGAACAACUGUGAGGUUCAGUUGCGAUUCGGGUUAUCGUUUGGUUGGGUAUGAGAACAGGAGGUGCAGAGAGACUGGACUCUGGAGCUGGGGUGUGAACCCGCAGUGCAUCAGCGAGGGUGAUUACGCCAAGAAAGUGACGGGAAUAUCACUGGGCAUAGUUCUUCCCAUCCUGAUCUUGUUGAUCCUUCUGUGCGUCUUCUUGGUUCAGAGGAUGCGGAAUCGUAAACAGCACUGGACGGGAGAGAAGGGCGUUCCAGAAAAUCACAUGUUCGAAGUGAAGCCGAACAAAAACGGCAAUGGAAGCAGUAAAGUGUCUGACUUUUAGUGAGUUAUUUUCUUUAAAAAAAAAACAAUUUCAUCACCAGAAAAAAAGCUCAUCUUCACAUAACUCUUAGUGAAAGCAUUUUUCGAUUUGUGUUUAAAGUGAGCAACUGGUUUGUUACGAGUGAAAUAUAAUAAAUAUUUUUGCUUGGAAAAUGUUUAAAAACAAACAUUUGUUCAUUUCAAACUUCUUAUUUUCAGGUAUUUAUAACAAUUUAAGAGAAAAAUUAUUCUUAUAAUAUAUGUUUUUAUUUAUUACAAAACAGCUUUUGCCACACUUUCUAUUCGAAACGUAGUAUAUUUUUAACUAUGUCAUAUUGUAUAACUAAUAAUUUUAAAAAGUAAUUUUAUAUUCAUUUUUUUAAAACUAUCAAUUUGUUUUAAUCUUUUAAAUUCUAGCGUUUGUUCCAACUAAUUUGUGAAAAAAAAAAAAAAAAAAAUAGAAAAAUCGAAACCUUUUUUUUUAAAAGUAAUUUACGACAACUAUGAAAAGAACACUUAGAAAAUAAAUAACCUGAAGCUAAAUCAGGCUACAUUUCCAAUUUUAAAAAAUGAAAACUUUGAUUUUUAGGUACUAAAAAACUUUUGUAGCUCUCAUAAUUUUUUAAAAUUAUAUUUGAAAUAUAUCUAAAAACAUUAAAACAAAAACUUAAAUGCGUCAUUGAUCUAAAUUAAAAAGAGAUUUAUGUGGCAGUAAUGUUUUUUACAAGCAAUUAGAUUUUCGACAAAUUAAAAAAAAAACAGUCACGUGUGUCACGAUAUUGAUAUUGGAUUUAAGUCAGCAUUAUAACUUGCACAUUUUAUAUGUAUGUAUAUAGAACUUUUGAGAUAUUUUUAGUGUAGUUUCUUUUUAGCAAUUUUGUUUCAAUUUUCAUUUAAUAUUGUAUUUUCUUUUUUUAAUUUCUUCGUUUUUUUUUUAAAUCUUAUUGUUUUGACAUUACUAUUUUGUCUCUGAAAUCUUUAUGUAAUGUUUAAUGCCUAAUAAACAUCAUUUUGUUUUUUC